CCGAGCCUUCGUUUCCGGCGCGCGCUACUCCGUGGCGCUCUUAGACCGUGUAGUCGUCGUGUACAUUGCGGCAAGUUUCGAUUUUUGUUGAAAAAUGAUAGGUAUGAUAAAUAAACAAGUGUGUUAUUAUGUGCGAAAAGAAAGUAGCCAAUGUGAUUAUGAUGUGCUGUGUGUUGAGUAAAAAAGUGGUCGCCCCCGUAUAGAAAAUCAGUGAUGAAAAUUUUGACAGACCUAUGACUUUCGACUGUUUUUCUUCGAUUUUACUUUUACAUAUCACUGUGACAAAUCCACUGUCGAUUUUUGAGGCAAAAUAUACAUAUCCAGCUGGAUAGGUGGGCGACCAUCGGAAGAGAAUAAUAAUUUUCGGGGAUGAAUGUGAUGUCACGAUGGGGGCAGAUGGUGUUGAUUGCAAAGCGCUGGCGCAGCAUCACUGUGUGACAGAACUCUAACACUCCUACUAACACUGCCUUCCAAGAAGAGCAAUCUACUACUACUACUAACUAAUUUGACCAUAUCUGCGAUGAAAAUCAACAUAUCCAAUCCUUGAAAGGCAAACGAAUAACUAUUCCAACAAGAAAUCCAAUAAAAAGACUGAAAGCCAACGAUAAUUAUAAGCAAGAGCGUAAUCGACCAUGCAAAUGGUAGAAGAUGCGCAGAACCAACAGCACAGGCCUGAGGCUGGACCUUACCGAGAACACGCCAGAUAGCUCGUUGAGCGUAUCAGGUGGCAGACUGCCGAAUUUAGUGGUCGAGCAUGCCGAACAGCUAAAUAGCAAGCUACCGAACCUCGUCGAGGGCUCAAUGGACUAUGGUAGCGAGCGUAGGUCUUCCCGUUACUACGAAGCAGCCGGUGCUGCCGCCGCCGUCUAUCACCAAGAUAUGGUCGGUGGCUCAUCACUCAAUUAUGGCGUCGCCGAGAGUGGUUAUCUCGAUCGCGGCUAUCAUCCUAUCAGGAAUCCUGGUGGCGGUACAGGUACUUACGAUCGCAAGAUUGCUGCCGUCGCUGCAGCUGCUGCCGUUGCCUACGAACGUGAGAAUCUCUAUGAUAGUCGAAUUUAUCAAGACGAGGCAGCACUCAGGUACGAUCGUGGUAGACCCGACAGAACGUACCAGGAAUCCGAUCUCGACGCACCUUACGACAGAGGUGAUCCCGUAAAGUCGGUGAGGACUUACGUCGAUCCAGUGUCCGAUGGAACAAGACGUUACUCGCGCGAUUUAACGGAUUAUGAGUUUGCACGUUACGCGGAGGAGACGUUGAAACUCGAACCGAAAAAACCUUGCACAAAAGUAUCGUACGAGGUUGCGUCAACUAAAGGUUACGACUCCGGAAUCAAGACUAGCAAUCAUGAUCAGGGUUACGAUUUGGCGACUCAACAGUCGGCCUACAAAAUGUAUGGUACACUACCACGCUAUGACGCCAGUGGGAAGUAUGACAGUGGUGAAUACGUUGGUGACAAUGAUACAGGAGUUGCCAGUGGUUACGAAACCACAGGUAGGGCCAAGGUUUACGAAGGAAUUAAGUACGAGCUGACCACUUCCAAGAGUUACGAGAGAGCUGCGACUUCGUCGAGGUAUCCUGAGGCGAGUACAAUCAAACUCGGCGAAAGCUCGUCCGGUACAUUGGGAGGCUAUUCGAGAAAAAACCAUGAAACCGAAGAGACUAGCACUGGCAGUAACACUAACACGCAGGAAAAGAUGAACGGCUACAGAAAGAAUAAUUUCGAAGCUUAUGGAGUUUAUUCCGAUCCUGAGGACGACCAUGGAUUUGUUACGGAUAAGAAGCAACCCCAGUAUACUUACAAGGGGGUGGUAGUUAAUGCCAGCGGUGAGUCGAGUGUCGUCGAGCAAAAAAGGGCGGCUAAAGAAGCCGCGCAGACUGAUAUGCAAGGCAGCCCCUGGUGCAGGCCCACCAUACUGCUGUUACUGCUCGUUCUACUUGUCGUUAUUUUCGUUUUCGUCGCUGGACUUCUACUCUACUUUAAUUAUAUGUCAUACAAGCCUCGCCAUCCAAUUAUUGAGGGUAAGGAUCUAAAUUCCGCCAGUAAUAACGCCGAGCCAUGCGAAAAGACAUUCUGCGCAUGGGGCAUGAGUUGUGUGGUAUUGGAUACUGGCGAGGCAACGUGCCAGUGUCCAGCCUCGUGCCCAGACAACUACGCGCCGGUUUGCGGCCAGGACGGCGUCACCUACUCGAACCACUGCCAGCUGCGACGUACCAGCUGCCAGAAGCGUAAGGAGACGCGGGUCAAGCAUCAGGGCGCUUGUGAGAAAGUCGAUCCAUGCGAGAAAUUAACUUGCGCAUUAGGCCAGUAUUGCAUACGUAAUCGUGAUGCCACAGAAGCAAGGUGCGAAUGUCGCGAAUCUUGCCCAAGCCUCGGUGAUCAUGAGGGUGCGGGUACCGUAUGUGGCUCGGAUGGCGUUGAUUAUCCAAGUACGUGCGAUUUGAAUCGCGUCGCUUGCACCAAAUCUGCCAACAUCACCGUUGCUUUCCAUGGCAAGUGUGAUCCAUGCGCCGGAGUUCAGUGUACCGAACCCGAAAUCUGCCAAUUGGAUGCAUCAAGACAACCGGCAUGUCGUUGUAACGAGCAAUGCGCUAACAUCGAUUUCGAUCCAGUUUGCGGUAGCGACGGCAAAACCUACUCCAACGAAUGCUAUCUCCGCCUAGAAGCUUGUCGCUCGCGCCUUCAACUGAGGAAGAUCUACAAUGGGGCUUGCAACUCCGGAGUGAAUCCGUGCGACGGCGCCAACUGCAAGCCACAAGAGCAAUGCGCGAUCGACCGUUUUGGCAUUACCAAGUGCGAGUGUGGCCCCGAGUGCGAGCCAGUUAUGAGGCCGGUUUGUGCGCUCGGCGGCACUACCUACACCUCGCACUGUGAACUCAAACGACAUGCUUGCAUCACCAAAACCGACAUUAAACUUGCCUACGUGGGGACUUGUGGAUCUAAAGGGCCGUGCUCGGAAAAGAGCUGCCAGUGGGGUGCCGAAUGCCGUGAGAUCGACGGCCAAGCGGUAUGCGAAUGCCCUAGUUGUCCCGCCGAAUUCCAGCCAGUCUGUGGCAAUGACGGCAUUACCUAUGGCAACGAAUGUAAACUGCGCUACGAGGCUUGCCAGCACAAACGCGACAUACAAGUGCUUUAUCCACAGCAAUGCAAUGGUUGCGAGAACAAGAAGUGCGAGCACUACGGUAUAUGCGAGAGCGAGCCAAGUGGCGAAGCCAAGUGCAUUUGCCCAAGCAAUUGCGAAGAGGCGGAGUCCACAGGUUCGAGUAUAGUUUGUGGAUCCGAUGGAAUAACCUACAAAAAUGAAUGCGAACUGAAGAAGACAUCGUGUACCAGUCAGAUUCUCAUCGUGGUCAGUUAUAAAGGAGACUGCGAAAUGUGCACAAGCAUAAAAUGCGAGAAUGGAGCUCGCUGCGAGGCUGGAGUUUGCAUAUGUCCCGAAACGUGUCCUAAGCCAACGAACGAGCCUGUCUGCGGCAGCGACACCAAGACUUAUGCCUCCGAGUGCGAACUCCAAAAAGAAGCUUGCACGCGUGAUCCUAACUUACCACAAUUACAGCUCAUUCUAUAUGGCGAAUGCUACGAUGGUUUUCCCGUGGCUGCUCUCACAACGAUAUCAACACCAUCCAUAACCCGACAAUCAACCACAUCGGACGUGAGCACAGCAGCGCCGGAAUUUGAAGCCUGCCGUGAUAUCCAUUGCGACUUCAAUGCUACUUGCGAAUUGGGUCCCGACAAGUUUCCUCGAUGUAGCUGCAAGUUCGAUUGCGCGUCAAUGGCACCAGAAAACAAGCACGUUGUAUGUGGAAGCGACAUGCAGACUUAUCCAAGCAUGUGUCACAUGCUCAUGCAGUCUUGCCAAAGACAACAGGAACUGAGACUCAGACCGUUAGACCUAUGCCAAGGUCUAGAGGUGAAACCUUGUAACGGCGAGCAACCGCUUCUCGAUGCUGAGGGUAACGAGUAUGACUGUGGCAAGGGUCCCGAGCGUCGAGAUUGCCCUAGUCACUCGUACUGCCAUCAGACUACCAGAUUCGCCAGGUGCUGCAGGAAAGCCCAACAUGCCUUAAAAUGCGAGGAAACCUGGCACGGUUGUUGUCCCGAUGGUAAAACUGCUGCUCAAGGUCCCGAUGGGGCUGGUUGUCCAAAUCAAUGUAAUUGCAAUCGUCUCGGUAGCCUGUCGGAUACCUGCGACCCCAAAGAUGGCCAAUGCGAGUGUCGCCCAGGUGUCGGCGGAUUAAAAUGCGAUCGUUGUAAGCCUGGCUACUGGGGCUUAUCCAAAGUCGACAAAGGGCAUCAAGGAUGCAUACCGUGCGGCUGCUCGCUAUUCGGCUCAGUGCGCGAGGACUGCGAACAGAUGACGGGCUUGUGUGUCUGCAAACCCGAGAUCGCUGGGAAAAAAUGCACGAUCUGCACCGAUCAUAAUAAGAUACUCACUCCUAAGGGAUGCCAGCCAGUUGACGCACUACUCCCUCACGCAUCGAGCUGCACUGAACUGGAAUGUUACUCGGGUGGUCAAUGUAGUGAGUCAGUAGGUGGUGCAGGCGGUCCACACUGUGUUUGCCCAGCAAGUUGCCCAGAAGACGCACCGGCCGUGUCGGUGUGCGGUAGCGACGGUCAGACUUAUGACAACGAAUGCGAAUUAAAACUCUACGCCUGCCGUUAUCAAACCGACGUCGUACCGCAGGCGUUUGGCCAAUGCCGAGACGAUUCGAUGACAAACACGGAUUUCCCAGUGAAGAGAUACACGGCAGUGCACUAUACUCAGCCGGCGGCAGCGAUAUCGCCUUUGUCAAAAUCAACGAGGCACCUAAUGGUACCCGAGCCAGAUGCACGCUACUACUACACGCAUCGCGCGCACGAGGAGACUAUUCCUGUCGACCGAAAGAACCUUAGACAUGGCUCAGCAGCAGCAGCUUAUCGCCCAACACCAGCGACGAUAAGAGUCGUAACGCCACUUUUAGGUGACUACUGCAACGAGGAUAAAGACUGUAGUAUACCGAAUAGCAUUUGCAUCAAUCGCAAUUGCAUCUGCAGCGAUGGCUUCGCCGAGACGAGCGAUAGACAGGAUUGCUCCAGUUUAGCAAACUACGCACCAGUAACUCCAACCGAAGAAUUCCGUGCGUGUCAGUCAUCGCCAUGUCAUCAGUCCGCUACUUGUAUCGAUCUCCCAGGCGCGACUUACGCGUGCAGUUGUCGCGAGAACUGGACAGGCUUUCACUGUGACGAGGAGAUAAACCAUCGUGACUAUGACAUUGCCUCGUUCGAUGGCAAGAGUUAUAUACGCAUGAACAGACUCAAAGGAUACUACAAAUUGAGUAUCGAAAUCGAAUUCAAGACAUAUGCCGAGAAUGGAAUUUUAUUAUACGACCAACAAAAGAAUGACGGCAGUGGUGACUAUGUGUCGCUUGCUAUUAUCGACGGAUUCCUGCAGUUCCGAUAUAACUUGGGUAACGGUCCGGUAGUACUGACGUCGCCAGAGCGCGUGUCAAUGACAGACUUCCAUAGGGUGGCGGCUAAGCGUUAUCAUAAGGACGGUGUGCUGAUAUUCGACGAUGGCGAGGAAGUUGCUGGCUCUAGCGAAGGGAUGCUCAAGAGCCUUGACUUGAAUCAAGAUACUUUCAUUGGGAAUAUACCGACAAAUUACAGCAAAGUAUUCGACAACAUCGGUACAUCACACGGAUUUCUCGGUUGUAUCAAGAAACUACGCAUCAAUCGCACACCGAUAGAUAUUCAUCUUGGUUUCAAUAGAGAUGUACUAGAAACUUAUCGAAUAAAAGAAUGUCGUGAAAACGGCUGCGCGAACUUGCCGUGCCAAAACGGCGCCACUUGCCAGCCGAUUUUCGAAGAGGAUUUACGCUGCGAGGGCCAAAAUUGUUUAAUUGGGCCAAGAGCCAAGAGAAGGAGUCUGCGUAAAAAGAUUAAAGAAAGAAGGAACAGUAGCACUGAUUUGAAUAUCGUCAAGUGCAAAGGCAGCCAAUGUAAUAUUUUGAAGGAACAUCCGAAUAAUGCGAAGGACCCAAGAAAAAUGUGCGUUGGACCUGGAUGUGAUUAUGAAUAUGAACCAGAUUACGAUGAGAAUUAUGAACAUCAGGGCUACGAGGCCAACGAAUUGGAAUAUCAGUGUAUUUGUCCACCACAAUACACCGGCAAGAAUUGCGAAGACUCAUUGGAUCCUUGCAUGAACGAACCAUGUCACCACAGUGCUACCUGUGAUAUCCUACCUGAGGGUGGUUACGUUUGCAAAUGCCCACCCGGGCGUACUGGAAUGCAUUGCGAAAUAUUGGAUGCAGAACUGACGGAAUUCCUCAUCCCUGAGAUGAAAGGCGACGGUUUCAUCGAGCUUCCAAGUCUCGAAGGUGUAGCCAAGACAUUCUCAAUCGAAUUAUGGUUUCUCACUCGCAGCACCGAGGGUCUUUUACUUUAUAACGGUCAAUUGAAUAACGGCCGUGGCGAUUUUAUAAGCUUGAAUCUUGUACAAGGCAAACUUCAGUUUCGUUUUAAUCUUGGCAGUGGUAUUGCCAAUAUCACUUCGCCGGAUAUCGUGAUGCUAGACACAUGGCAUAGUGUAAGGAUUAGUAGGUUAGGUAGAGAAGGUUUACUUCGGCUUGAUAAUGGUACUGUUGCGAGGGGAUUUUCUGGAAGUCCACUUACUGAAUUGAAUUUGGAAUUGCCGCUUUAUAUUGGCGGUGUUAAGCACUGGAAAGAAAUUCAUAAACUAGCCGGUGCAAUGACAGGCCUCACUGGCGCAGUCCAACGACUAAUGGUGAACGACAAAACUUAUCAGAACCUCGCUAUCAAUCAAACGCAGCACAACACUGAAAUCUAUAACGGACUGCCUUGUCCAAGUAACUCAAAUCCUUGCAAUAACGGAGGUGUUUGCUUCCCGCUACUCAACAGUUUUUUCUGCAAGUGUGCGGCUGGCUACGACGGCAUCCAUUGCGAAUUCUUUAUGGGCUACGACUCAUCAGGUGGUGAAAUCAUUGAGCAAGCUGUACGAUUUAACGGCGAAAACUUCUUGCAAUUGAAGCAUCGAUUCGGAAGGAGUUCUAAUGCUACUAACACCACCCUCGGAGAUGAUAACGACGAGUCCUACACUGACUACAACACUGAGGACUAUGAUUAUGAGAAUUACAACUAUAGUGAAAGGCGAGAGAGGCAGUCGAAUAAAUUCGAAUUGAGAUUGAGGACGACCCAUUCGGAAGGCGUUAUCGCCUGGGUCGGCCGUGGCAAAUUGGAGCAUCUGAUGCUGUCGCUGCGCGAUGGCUACGUCGUCCUUACCUAUCUUGGCCGAAGGGAAAAUUUCACCGUCAGGAGCGACGAACGCAUCAACGACGGCUUUUGGCACCAUAUCCGUGCAAUACGCCGUCGUCGUUCAACCGAGCUUCAAAUCGAUGACCUUUUGCCAGUAAAACAAAACAUCGAAUCAGGCCCAUUAUUUACCAACGGUAAACUCUUCAUAGGCGGUCGACCAGGACAUCGUGGCAUUCGUGGCUGCGUGCGUGACUUCAUCGCCGACAAACGAAGGAUUCACUUGUCAAGACGAAAAAUCGAAUUAUGUCAUGAAAAUGACGUCUGAUGGUGGUCGUCUGUCAAGCAGUUCAGCGUCGAUCUGCUUCUACGAGGAUGAAACGCGCGGGACUUGCUCUGGAAAUAUUAGUAUUCGUUGAUAUUUUUCUUAUCGCUCUUAAAUGAAUUUUUCAUUUUUUGUAAGUACUUGCGUACUAUGUAAAUAAGCAUAUAGUUUAUAAUUUAAGUUAGGAAUAUAAUCGUAGAUUUCAUUCUUUUAUUUUCACUGUUUUUUAAGCUUGGAAAAGAUUUGAGUAUAUCUAGUUUUUCGAAUCUUAGUGUGUAUAUAAGGUUAUAUUUUUUCACAAUUAAUUUCACUUAUCUAUCAAGCGCCUAAUGAAAUUUGAGUUUUUUUAAUGAAAGUGCGAUUAAUUGUGAUAUAUACGCAAACACAUAAGUUCUAUCGCGAAAAAUAUUUCCAGCAAGACACGCUUUACGAAUAUAAAUAAAUAUAAUGCGGCGAUGCUCCCGAUAUCAUAGUUUAAGCCUGUAACAUGUAAAGUUAGAAAAAAUUUUACUUUAAGAUUUAUUUUAUCUAAAAACUUGUAAAAGAGAAAAUAACAAAGGCUAAAGAAAAUUUUGAGGACAAUGAAAGUUUUAGUGAAGACCAGUCACGAUGAGACUGGUGAAGACGUGAAGUUCAAGUGCUACGUUCUCAUCGAAGGACAAUAAUAUAUUUUUAAGGCAAAGAAAGUCACGAACUAGCCGUGACGUAUACAUAUUAUAAAUAUACAUUUAAGUAUAAGUGAAUGUAUAUCUACGAAUUUAAAUGCGUAUACGUAAAUUUACGUGCUGAGAUAUAUAUUAUAUAUCUUCUUUUUUAUCCACGACGAUAGUUGCAAAAGUGAAACGACAUUUGUUUACUGUGCAGACAUACAUAUAAAUGUUGAAUGAAAAAAACUAGAUAAUAUUUGAAUGUUGAAGUUGUAGAAAUAUUAUAAGAGGUACGUUUCUUGUUAGUGUUGUAUACUUCCGUCUUUCAAAGCACAAAAAUGACAUUUCGUUCAAACUUGAAGAAAGUAUAUCUCAUUUUCUUCCAGAGUAAAGCAAAGAAAAUGACUGUAUUAACCUUGUGUAACAGAAACAAAGAAUAGUUAUUAUAUAGCCAUAUGAAGCAGUAAACAAAUAUCGUCGUAUUAUAUCUAGUAUAGAUGAAUGCUAAAGAAAAAAAACACUUAUCGUUCGCUAAUUCUUAAUUGGGGAUUGAGCUGCCGACGCACCAUGUAAAGAGAACAAAAUAUCAUACACACACCAAGACUGAUAAUAAUUGAAGAAGCAAAUGCAAAGAACUAAUAUGUUAAAGACGCGUUGAUCGGUGUUAUGUUAGAGCGUUCGGUAGAGAGAUUUUAACGUUGUGCGUAUAGUUAUAUUUCCCUAUAUAGAACGUGUAAGAUAAAAAAAAAAUAGAAAAAUUGCACUAUCUAUCCAAACAAAAAUACACCCGCAUACGUGUGUGUGUGUGUGUAAAAAAGAUAAAAUAACAAAAAACAGUGUUCUAGUAUUCGAGAAAUUAUAGCCAAGACUUUUUGUAAACUCUUCGACGAAUCAUGUCCAUUGCGAGCAGCUGUUCUCAAUCAUAGAGACUUUUUUCAAUGUUAUAAUCGCUAUAACGCUGAAUGAAAGACAAGAUUUGUUAAUAGUAAAUAAAAAAAACAUGAUUGACGUGCACUGUACACAUUCCACGUUGUAAAAGCAUUCGUGUAGGCGCCUAUAAAUGAAGUAUAUAACGCUUGUACGAGAAGUUUCAAUGUCCAGCCGUUCAUUGGCAAACAUUUCCGAAAAACGUAUAACAAUUUAUUUCUAAUUAUUUUAUCUGCAAUAUAUUCUAAUUACUGUACCUGCAAUAUAUUUAAUUUGAAAGGGAAACCUUUUCUAAUAAUGCUAUUAUAUGAGACAAACCAGAUAAUUUGAAACAUCUUGUACAAAAGAAAAUAUUAUAUAUGUAGAAACAAAGAGAAAACUAACCGCUGAUCGGCUAUCCUGUCUUACAAAAUAGAAUGCAAUAUAUAAUGAGACUCACACAUAGACUGAGAUGAAUGUUGAAAAAGAACAUGUGGCAUGUUUCCUGAAAAAUGUACAUACAUAUUAUAAGUUUAAGUUAAUAUAAAUAUUAUAUAGAAGGUUUGUUCGACACAAUCGUGUCCCAGAACGAAGAAAAACACAAAUAUUAUGAUACGUGUAAGAAAUACGAUAUAUAUGAAUAUAAAUACUCGACCUAACUCUGCUUUUUUGACAAAGAAGAACUGAAUAAAAGUUUUACUGAUGAUUGAUUUCUUCCCAUUGCAAAUGAAAAAUGUCUGUGGGCUAAUAACGUUCGAAAAGUGAAUUUUUCUGUAUUUUGCAUGUUCUUCACAAAUGAAAACUGUAUAAUCACUGGCCUACUGUAGCGCAGAAAACGAAAAUAAGGAAAUUAUAUAUAAAUAAUACACGAAGUGAAGAAUAUACAUUUGUCGUUAGGACAAAAAAAAAUAUUUAUAAACGAUGCGUUGUACAGUAACAUGUAAAAACAUUUUCAUAUAUAUACAUCACAUGGACCGCAAAUUGAAAUGUUGCAAAAUUUUAUCACUUGCUAUCGUUGUUAAUAAUCCAACUUAAAAAUUGAAGGGAAAGUUAGUGUGUACUAUUUCAUGCAAUAAGUAUAUCAUACACAGUGUUCAAACACGCAGUUAUCGAUUGGAAUCUAUUAUAAAAAAUGAAGUGGAUCACAGAAAAAAGCAAUUUUAGUAUUUAGCCAAAUGAAUUGAGUGAUUCUUCCAA